CAUCGGAGACGCCGGAGGUGAGGAAGACGGUGGUUGUUGAGUGAGUUAGGGAGAAAUUUUGGGGGGGCUGAGUUACUGUUGGCGACGGCAACUGAAUUGCGGCUGAGGAAGAAAUUAGUUGUAAAGGCUAGAAAACAUUUUUAUAACGGCAGAUUCAAUAGCUUAAUAACUCUGCCCUAUCUUCUGAUAGCUAUUAUAGAUCCAUACCAUUACCAUAUAUACGUAUUUUCUUGGUGUGAUUCAACUUCUCCUCCUCCCACAGCCGCUGGAGGUGUUUUAGUUCAAUUUCCUCAACCGCAUGAGAUACUGCAGUGAGUUUCUAGAAUUUGGGGAUACAAUUUUUUUAUUGGAAUUUGGGUUUUAAAUUGUUGAAUUUGGUUGUGGUCAAGAAAGGUAUAUGAUGGAAAAUAAGAUUUGGGUUGGGAAGGGGGAAUUUGGGUUUUAUUAAAGGUAAGUUAGAAGGUAGACAAGGUAAGUCAAUGGCGAUAACAACCGGUAAAAUAGUGUACAAAAUUUACCGAGCACUAACCUACGGCAUAUCACCGUUAAUGCGCCUUCACCUACGGUGGCGCAGAAUCCGGGGCCGGGAACACCCCCUUCGCUGGUCGGAACGCCUCGGCCGCCCCUCCGAGCCUCGCCCCGCCGGUCGCCUCAUCUGGUUCCACGCCGUCUCCUUGGGUGAAGGAUUGGCCGCGAUUCCUGUGAUAAAGUGCUGUUUAGAGAGGAGGCCGGAUGUGACGGUGCUGAUGACGACGUCGACGGUCUCGGCAUUUGAAGUGAUAAAGGAGAGACUUCCAAGUAAUGUCAUAUAUCAGCAGUUUGCUCCUCUUGAUAUACCAUAUAGUAUGGAUGCCUUUCUUCAAUAUUGGAGGCCAAAUGCAGUUAUGCUAAUGGAAAGUGAAUUGUGGCCAAAUCUCAUUAUGGGCGCUGCAAGAAAUGGUAUUGCAUUGGCGCUGCUAAAUGGCAGAAUUUCCACAAAAUCAUUCCGAAAUUGGUCUUAUCCAGUAAUUUUACCGUUGAUCAAGUUGAUGCUAUCAAAGUUUUCAUUGAUUCUCCCAUUGAGCACAAUCCAAGGGAUUCAGUUUCAGCUAUUGCAAGCUCCACCACAUAUCAUAAGCUAUACUGGAGACCUCAAAUUUGCUAUAACAGAUUUUGACAAUUCUGUUGGAGUAAAGAGAAGUCUUACAGAGUUCCAGGCACAGCUUUCCCAUAGAAAAGUGUGGAUGGCAUCUUCAAUUCAUAAGGGUGAAGAUGAAGUAUUUAUCAGAGCUCACAAGUUACUAAAACAAAAGCAUCCAGAUCUAGUAACUAUUAUUGUCCCCCGUAAGCCUCACCUUGGACAAGAUAUUACAUUGAGGUUACAAGAGGAAGGAAUUCCUGUGGCAUUGCGGUCUCGUGGUGAUAAUCUGACUGAAGAAAUGAGUAUAUAUGUGGUUGACACAUUAGGUAUUAUACGUGAGAAAUGUCAAUGUGUGCAUGACCUAGGUGAACUUAGAGACUUCUACAGAUUAAUGCCAAUAGCAGUAGUAGGAGCUUCAUUCCUUCUUGGAUCAACAGGUCACAAUAUAUCAGAAGCCGCUGCAGCUGGCUGUGCUGUUUUAACAGGCCAUCAUGUUGGCCACUUUUCGCACAUGGUAGCAGAAAUGCAAAAUGUGAAUCCCCUUUCGGUUCUGCAGGUUUCACAUGAAGAGCUAGUAGAUGCUGUUAAUGAGCUCUUUGUCAAUGCCGAGAUUCUUGAAGUACGCCGUCUGGCAGCCAGACAAGCAUAUCAUGCUCUGUCGUGUGGAAUUGUUGAAAAGUUAUGGAAAAAGUUGCAUUAUCACAUUUUUAUGAAAUCAGUAGGCACUGAAGAUGAACAUGGUGCAAGAAGCUAAAAUGCAAAGGAGAAGUAUUGAAAUUCUUUUGCAAGGUGAGAAACUUUCCUAUUUUGUUAAAUAAAAGUUAUUUAUCUUUUUGCGUAUUUCCACCCUUUGAUCAGACAUGAAUGAAGCAGGAGCGAAAUAUAAACAUGGGGAAAUAAAUUAUUCCCUAAUUGAGCUAAUAUAAAUUUUUCUCUUUUGCCUGGUUCCACCA